AUGGAAGUUAUUUUGCAGCCUCAAGCCUUCAAUGUUAGAGUUCAGUUUCUCUACUCUACAAAAAGUUACCAUAUAACAUCACCAGGCCAAAUUCAAUGUUUUAGUUCUUCUAUCCAUCAAAGAUUGCCUCAAGUUGCAAGUGAUUACAGAAGUAAAACAAAGGUUUUUGCGAUGAGAAGGAGAAGGUCGAAUGAGAGAACAGAAACUUAUGUACUGUUAGAACCUGGGAAGGAUGAGAGGUUUGUGUCGGAGGAAGAGCUGAAAGAGAGUUUGAAAGAGUGGCUUACGAAUUGGCCGGGCAAAGCUCUUCCUCCUGAUCUUGCAAGAUAUGAAACCAUUGACGAUGCUGUUUCUUUCUUAGCAAAGUCGUUUUGUGAACUUGAAAUCGAUGGAGAAGUUGGGUCGAUUCAAUGGUUUGAGGUUCGUUUGGAGUGA